AUGGCUGAGAAGGCUCCACCAGGGAUCACCAAAAAGUCUUCAAGGUCUACCCUUUCUCUCCCUCCAGAACCAGUGGAGAUCAUUAGGAGCAAAGCCUGCUCACGGAGAGUUAAAAUAAAUGUCGGUGGGCUCAACCAUGAAGUGCUGUGGAGGACUUUGGACAGACUUCCAAGGACACGAUUAGGAAAGCUCAGAGACUGCAAUACCCAUGAAUCUCUGCUAGAAGUAUGUGAUGACUAUAAUCUAAAUGAAAACGAAUAUUUUUUUGACCGACACCCAGGGGCUUUCACUUCCAUUUUGAAUUUCUACAGGACAGGGAAACUACAUAUGAUGGAAGAAAUGUGUGCUCUUUCUUUUGGCCAGGAGCUUGAUUACUGGGGGAUUGAUGAGAUAUAUUUAGAAUCUUGCUGCCAGGCAAGAUACCAUCAAAAGAAAGAGCAAAUGAAUGAGGAACUGAGGAGAGAGGCAGAGACAAUGCGAGAGAGAGAAGGGGAAGAGUUUGAUAAUACCUGCUGCCCAGAGAAAAGGAAGAAGCUUUGGGACUUGCUGGAGAAACCCAACUCAUCUGUGGCAGCAAAGAUUUUGGCCAUUGUAUCCAUUCUGUUCAUCGUACUGUCCACUAUUGCUUUGUCUCUUAACACAUUGCCAGAGCUGCAAGAAAUAGAUGAAUUUGGGCAGCCAAAUGACAACCCUCAGCUAGCGCACGUUGAAGCUGUGUGUAUUGCUUGGUUUACCAUGGAGUACCUUUUGCGUUUUCUGUCCUCACCAAAUAAGUGGAAGUUCUUCAAAGGCCCAUUAAAUGUCAUUGACUUGCUGGCUAUCUUGCCAUACUAUGUCACCAUUUUCCUCACGGAAUCCAAUAAAAGUGUCCUGCAGUUCCAAAACGUCAGACGUGUGGUUCAGAUAUUUCGUAUUAUGAGGAUCCUAAGGAUUCUUAAGCUUGCCAGACAUUCAACAGGCCUUCAGUCUUUAGGUUUUACACUCAGGCGGAGUUACAAUGAAUUAGGCUUGUUGAUAUUAUUUUUAGCCAUGGGAAUAAUGAUAUUUUCAAGUCUUGUAUUCUUUGCUGAAAAGGAUGAGGAUGCUACAAAAUUUACAAGUAUCCCUGCAUCAUUCUGGUGGGCAACAAUCACUAUGACUACUGUAGGAUAUGGUGACAUUUAUCCUAAGACCUUAUUAGGUAAAAUAGUUGGAGGACUUUGCUGUAUCGCUGGAGUGCUGGUCAUAGCCCUGCCCAUACCAAUUAUUGUGAACAAUUUCUCAGAGUUUUAUAAGGAGCAGAAAAGACAGGAGAAGGCAAUUAAGAGGAGAGAAGCACUUGAGCGAGCUAAAAGAAAUGGCAGUAUUGUCUCCAUGAAUCUUAAAGAUGCCUUUGCUCGCAGUAUGGAAAUGAUAGAUGUAGCAGUAGAUUCAGGUAAGCUUGGAGAAGCAGUCAGUCCAAAGGAGACAUCUGAUGACAACCACCUCUCCCCAAGCCGGUGGAAAUGGGCCAGAAGGACAAUGUCUGAAACAAGCUCAAACAAGUCUUAUGAGAACAAGUACCAAGAAGUUAGUCAACAAGACUCCCAUGAGCAAUUAAACAAUGCUGCAGCAUCCUCCAGCCCUCAGCACCUCAGUGCCCAAAAACUGGAGAUGCUGUAUAAUGAAAUUACUAAAACUCAGUCUCAGCCUAACCUUAAUGCUGGUUACCAAGACCAGUCUGCAAAGCCACCCAUGUAUGAAGAAGAAAUAGAAAUGGAAGAAGUUUCAGGUCAGAGAGAUCCGUUACCAACUGGACCUACGGACAUCAUAACGGACAUGAGAAGCACAUCCAGUAUCGACAGUUUUGCCAGUUGUGCAACUGACUUCACAGAAACAGAGAGGUCUCCCCUCUCUCUGUUUCCUGGCUCUCACUUGCAAAUGAGAUUUCCAACUGAUACUGUUAACCUGGAAGAAAACCAAAGAGCGAGGAGUUCUCAGUUUAUACCAUUUGCAAAAGACAGAGGAUUUUCUCCAACUGACAUCACCUUUGACUAUAAUCCAAUCAACAGAGCUGUUAUCAGUGAUGGCAGUGGGUCCCAAACUGUUUUACAUGGUCAUUUGCAUUUUGACACUUCCAUGGAAAGCCCCAAAAGUUCCCUGAAAGGUAGCAACCCAUUAAAAUCUAGAUCCCUUAAAGUUAAUUUUAAAGACAAUAGAGGUGGUGCUCCACAAACUCCACCAAGCACGGCAAGGCCACUGCCAGUGAUAGCAGGAGCAGACUUCACACAGGCCACCCCCCAGCACAUCAGCACCAUUCUCCUAGAAGAAAAUUCCCCACAGGGUGAGCGACCUGUACUUGGUGCUGAUGCAUCUGCACUUUGUCAGGGACCUGUUAAAAGAUCAUCCCCUCUCUUUCCCAAGCAAAAAAUUUUCACUUUCCCUUCAAAAGAGAGAAGGAGCUUCACUGAAAUAGACACUGGAGAAGAAGAAGAGUUUAUGGAGUUACAUGGUAUGAAACAUGAAAAACAACAGGAUAUCAAGACAAAUUGCUGUGGGGACAAACGCAGUGACAGCAACAAUUUAACAGAGGAGCCACAGGUCAGCUCUUCACCCAAAAGCUUGAGCCACAACUGUACUCAAGACAUUUACCAUGCUGUGGGUGAGGUAAAGCCAGACAGUAACCAAGAAGGUCACAAAAUGGAAAACCAUUUAUUUGCCCCAGAAAUUCAUUCAAGUCCAGGAGAAACUGGUUAUUGUCCCACACGUGAAACUAGCAUGUGACUAGUUACAGAAGCAAUAAAAAUACCUUUUCAUAAAACACUGUUAGUAAU